CGCACUGAGCUCACAGUGGAGAGCGCAGAGCGGGAUAAACAGGAGAGAGAGAGAGAGAGAGAGGGAGAGAGAGAGAGAGAGAGAGAGACUAUCGGAACGCAGCGGUUUGUGUGUGUGUGUGUGUGCGUGUGUGUUUGCGUGAAUGCGUGUUGUGUGUGUGUGUGUGCGUGUGUGUGUUUAGAUAGGUAGCUAGCUCCGGUAGGCACACGCGCUCGGCUCGGCGGUACGAACGACUCGCGGGGCGGACAUGGAGGGACACGGGAAAGGCACCGGGAAGUGACCGAGCACCGCGGCGAAGAAGGGGGCGGGGGGGUGCACCGGAGAGAAGAGGGCAAGGACGGACGGAUAUACGGCGAGGGGACGAAGGAAGGACGCGAGGAAGGACGCAAGGAGGCGAGGAAAGUCCGACAAGGAGAUUUGAGGAGGAUAGAACGCAGCGGGAUUCUAAAGGAGUGAGCCCCAGGCUGGAUGGGACCCACCAUGCCCCCCAGUAAGAAGGCUCAGAGCCCCAGCAGUGGAGCCAGCGCCUCGCAAGGCAUGAGUCCGCCGUACCGGCAAGGAGACGCGGCCACGGCGGCGUCGGAGGCGGAGGCGGCCGACCUGUCCCUGUCGUUGUCGGCCUCCUUCUCCAAAGCCGAGGACGAGGAGCUGACCAGUCUGUCCUGGCUCCACGAGAGCACCGACCUCCUCAACAGCUUCAGCCACUCCGGGCUGCGUAGCGUUUCCCCGCUGCUGGACCCCGACAGCCAGCACCCCCGCUCGCCUUCUUCCUCGUCUCCGUGCCCGGACGACCCCCUGUUGGGCGACGCGCACUCGGCGUACGACUUGGCGGCGGGGGCCAACCGGAAACCGCCGUACUCGUUCAGCUGCCUGAUCUUUAUGGCGAUCGAGGACGCGCCGAACAAGCGGCUGCCGGUAAAAGACAUCUACGGCUGGAUCCUGGAGCAUUUUCCCUACUUUGCCAGCGCCCCCACAGGAUGGAAGAACUCGGUGCGCCACAAUCUGUCACUGAACAAGUGCUUCAAGAAGGUGGACAAAGACCGCAGCCAGAGCAUAGGGAAAGGGUCUUUGUGGUCAAUAGACCCGGAGUACAGACACAACCUGAUCCAGGCGCUGAAGAAAACCCCGUACCAUCCCUACUCAACAGGCUUGGCGACACCUCCCACCUCUCCGCCCACCCUGUCUCAGACAUUUCACCACAGUCCUCCAUUGUGGGCGGGGAGCCCCCUCUUCAGGAAGAACGGCGGCGUCCUCCUACAAGUUCCUCGUGGCGUGAUUCAAAACGGCGCCCGCGUGAGGAGCCAGGCACUCUUCCCAGUGAUCAGACCCCUCCCCGUCAGCCCCGUGGGCAGCAGGACUUCUGCUAUAAGAUCCUCCCUAGGAGAUUAUCUCAACCGAGGCCAGGACAGCACUUCCUGCUACUCUCCUCCGCCCUGCGCUGAGGACCUCCAGGACGACCACACCUACAGCACCGCCAAAUCCCCCCAGGCCUCGGCCCCUUCGUCUCCCCUGGACGACGACGACAUCAUCGCCGUGGAAAUCCAAUCCGACGUCAAACCCGAGCCCCGGGAGAUCCCGCUGGACUCCCACGCCGCCGCCGCCUACCUUUCCCAGCAGCCCUUGCGCGGACAGAGACGCGGCUCGGGGACGGGCGCCGGGACGCCGGCGGGCAGCAGCUUUGUGUGGACCAAAGGCCGAGCGCGGGGAUUUAGCGACAUGCUGCCGCUGAAGAAGCGGCGCGCCAUGGCGACGGCGGUGGAGAAGCCGCCGGAGAGCGACGACGAGGAGAUGAAGGAGGCGGCCGGGUCGCUGCUCCACCUGGCCGGGGUCCGGGCCUGCCUCAACAACAUCACCAACCGCACCGCCAAGGGCCAGAAGGAGCAGAAAGAGACCCUGAGAAACUAAAAUGAUUCUUUACACACAAGUAGGUCCACACGUUUAACUUCUCAUCUCCCUCCAAACACUGCAGGGCAUUAGGGGAAUCCUACUUCUUUGUGGCAAUAUCAAAAAUCUAUGUUUUCCUAACACCAAUGGGUACUCCUCAUCUGUCUUUUUGUUUGUCCUUUGGGAAAGAAAAAAAAAAAAACAAAGGGGAUGAAAGCCAUAGUAGUCGGCGACACGGACACAAGAUGGCUGUUUUGUCUUUCGCAUGAGUUUGAACUUGUAGCAAUGUGGCGGCGCUGCGGGCGGGGGGGG